AUGCUUUUUUCAUCGUCUUCCAACUUGCCACCGACGCAGCAACUGCUACAGACUGCGGAUCUCAUUUCCCAGGGCGCUGAAGCUGCAAUCUACAAAGCAUAUUUGCAUCAAUUGCCGACAUCGGGUCGUGGCAUUGACGGUGCGCCUCUUGAGGCGUCGGAGCCGGUUCUCUUGAAGCACCGGUUCCACAAGAAUUACCGCCACCCGUCGCUCGAUGCAUCACUCACCCGGCAACGUAUAGCCGGUGAAGCUCGCGCGUUGAUGAGGUGUAUGCGAUCCGGCGUCAUCGUACCCGGAAUCCGGAUGGUGGAUGUGAAUGAAGGCGUCUUGGGUAUUGAGUGGAUAGAUGGCAAGAGUGUGCGUCAACUUCUACCCGGAGGGGCUGAACUCGAGGACAUCAGCGAAUCUGAAGAGGUGGAUGAAAGUGACGCCACAGACCCAAUCACUGAUUAUGGUGUUUCUCGAGAUGCCCUGAUGGCUAUGAUCGGUGUCGAAAUCGCAAAGAUGCAUUUGGCCGACAUAAUCCAUGGUGAUCUGACGACCUCGAACAUGAUGUUGAGGAAGCAGACGAGUGAUCUAGUUCUUAUAGACUUUGGACUCGCCUAUCAUUCUACCCUCGUAGAGGAUAAGGCUGUGGAUCUUUAUGUCCUGGAGCGCGCCUUUGCCUCAACUCAUCCUGACUCAGAGCCACUGUUUGCGGGUGUGCUGGGCGCGUACGAGAAGCGCAUGGGCAAACAUUGGUUGCCAGUCAAAAAGAGACUAGACGAUGUGCGACUAAGAGGCAGGAAACGGAGUAUGGUUGGUUAG